AUGUUCAAAGACCUCAACUCAUGUGGGGGAUAUGCAUGGGGUGAUGUUGCGCUUACUUACCUAUACGACAAUCUUCGAGAAGCGAGCAUGCAUCAGACUAGAAUGGUAUCAGGGUAUCUGACACUAUUACAGAUUUAUGAUGAAGACUAUCCGAGAGCACUUAGAUGGAAGACAAAACGGGAAAAAGGUUUGGUUAUUCCAUUUAGGAAAGCACUGGACGAGAUUGAUGUUGAUGACAUAUGUUGGACACCCUACAGAGAGCAUAGACCGAAGCGACCAUUUGAGGUUGUUUCAUUAUUCAGAGGCUGGAUACGUUGGGGUCCCAAGAUGUAUGCUCACUUGCCAGAUAGGGUAUUGCGUCAAUAUGAACAUGUACAAACCAUCUAUGGUUCACCUUUGGAGAUAGUAGGUCAGACGACCACACCAGAGGAAAUGGACAUCAUGUUUACACAAUACGCUGUACAUGUAGUUGACGUUGGGGCAGUUGUACAUAGACCUGCAGACUGCGCAAAUGAGUACAUAGGCUGGUUUCGUCGGAUUUCUCAUCCAUAUAUCAUUCGUAGAGAACCGGUCUAUGUAGCUCAUUCGGUUGCAGAACAUGCCGAUGAUGAUCAUCAUCCACGUCAAGCAAUACAAAUUGCAGAUGAGCUUCUUGGUCGACAGUUGGUAUUACCUGAUGGCAUCGCACUCGUGAAUGAAUUAAUUUUGCGUCAAGCAAUACAAAUUGCAGAGGAGCUUUUUGGUCGACAGUUGGUAUUACCUAAUGACAUCGCACUCGUGAAUGAAUUAAUUUUGGUACUGCGAUCUCAGAUGGGUGGUGGUAGAGAUUGGACUCAUGUAGUGCCAUAUCGUAAGAGACAUAGACAAACUUAG